AUGAGUGGUUUAAUAAGCGGUAUAAUAAAUUAUAAUUAAUCUCAUUGGAAAAUAUCCAUUAUUUCAGGUAUUUUAGUAACCACUUGUAUAUUUUGGUUAAUAUUUAAAUUCGAAAAAAUAAAAAACACAGAAACCUACAUAUUCCCAACUCCAGAAUAAUAAUUAAAAGAUUUAAAUAUAUUUGGAUUCGCAUUAAGUGGUUUUUUGGUAGGUAUAGGUACUAAAUUAGGUAACGGAUGCACAAGUGGACAUGGAGUUUGUGGCUUACCUCGUUUAUCAAUAAGGUCUUAUGUUGCGCCUAAACCUUUAUUUUAAGAAUAAUUUUCAGUACCUCCUAAAGGAAAGGUAGAUUUAAAACUUAUUAUGGGAGCUAUUUUAUUUGGAAUAGGAUGGGGUUUCGGUGGUUUAUGUCCUGGACCAUCUUAUGUAUCAUUUGCAGUAUUUUCACCACAUAUUUCAGUAGUUUUUGUUGGAAGUCUUAUAAUUGGAAAUUAUUUAGUUGAUAAAAUCAAUGAAAUUAAAUAGGAAAAAGUAUAAACUGAUGAAAUUGAACUUAUUAAGAAGAAAUGA